AUGGGGAUGUAUUGUCUUGCCAACCAGUUGAAAGCCUGGAACAGACGUAGUGCUAUAAAGCUACGAGUGAUGCGUACCUACUGUGUAAUGGAAAGGAGAGGCUCUACUCAGAUCAAGAGCAGAGAGUUGAUUUUUCAUGACGAAGAGGGGACUGUUAUGCAUGCCCAUAUACCAAACGACAUCCUUCCUAAAUUCCUUAACAGUUUUGUUGAAGGAUCUGUCUAUUGUGUAAAAAACUUCUUUGUGGUAGCCAACUGGCAUACUUAUAAAACCAGUAUGCAUGAAUACAUGUUGCAAUUCAAUGGUGAGACUAUUAUGAAAGAAUAUAGGUCUGCAAAUUUCCCUAGACACAUGUACAGAAUCAGGUCAUUCCAAAGUUUGAGGAGUAACCCAAGCAUAAAUGACAAAGAGCUGUUUGAUUUGAUUGGUCGAGUUGUUCAAAUACAUGCUCCACAACAGAAGACCAUCAAUGGCAAUGAUACUAGACUAAUUGAUUUUGUUAUAGAAGAUUCACAGGGUAAUCGUCUAACCUGUACUUUUUGGGAUGACCAUGUUGCAAAAAUUGAGCCUUUCUAUCAAUCUCCUGGUAAUGAGCCUCUGUAUGUGCUGAUACAGUGCUGUAGACUGAAAUUUUGUGUUAGAGAUGGUGAUGUAAAAAUCUGCUCCUCCUAUGAUGUCACUCAAAUUCACUUUAAUAUUGAUUGUCCUGAAAUGCAGCAGUUUAAAGAAAGUAUGACAGAGCUGUCCCAGCUUACACCCAUGAGGAGUAUAGCUUCCAUGUCUAGCAUGAGUUUCACAAACACUCAUGAUGAUUCGAGCACUCAAUCGCUGGAGCUCAUUACUAUUAAUGAUCUCUACGACACUGAAGAUUUUGGUGACUUUUGGAUAGCUGCAAGGGUAAAUGGUGUGGAAAAACCAAGUGAUUGGUUUUAUAUUUCCUGUCUUAAGAAGGGUUGCAAUAAAGCACUCAAACUUUCUGAGGGUGUCAAUAAGUGUUUCAAAUGUAAUGAAAUCCCUGAUGGUAGUGUUAGAAAGUAUAAACUCAGAGUGCGUGUAGUUGACAUGAAGGGUACUGCAUCCUUUUUGAUAUGGGAUAGGGAAUGCGUUGAUUUGCUAGGUAUUGCAGCAGAAGACCUAUAUGAAAGGAAUUUGAAUAACCUUGGACACAUAAAGGAGAUUUAUGAACUCAAAGGGAGGACAAUGCUUUUCAAGAUUUCAGCAUAUGAACUCAAAGGGAGGACAAUGCUUUUCAAGAUUUCAGCAAAGAAGGAACACUUUGUGACAAUGCUUUUCAAGAUUUCAGCAAAGAAGGAACACUUUGUUCGUCGUAUUUUCAAGAUUUCAGCAAAGAAGGAACACUUUGUUCGUCGUAAUAUCCCAUUUCCUGUAGUGAAAAUUAACACUGACCAGUUACUGCUGCAACAACUUUGCCCUGAUCUUCUAGCUUUAGAAGAAAAUGACUUUAAAUCUGAAGGCCCUAUAAGCGAGGGGGAUGAUAAAUUUUUGGAGGGGUUUGAGAGUGAUGAGGGGGAGAGUCCUGUUGCUCUGUUGGCUCCAACGAGUAGUACAGAUUGUACUACUGAUGGACCAGUCAAGCGUUGUUUGCUUGAUUCAUUCUCCUCAACCAAGGGUGGAAAGAAAGUGAAGCAAUGCCAUGUCAAGUUAGAGAAGAUAGAUUGA